AUGGACAUUGUCACAAAGCAGCUUUACAGAAAUAAAUAUAUUCAGGAUAUAAAUUGUAAAUAUGUGAAUUUAUCCCUAAUGAGUGAGCCAGAGGCAAUGUUGGUGAGGAAAAACUCCCUAAGAGGACAUGAGGAAGAAACCUUGAGAGGAACCAGGCUCAAAAGGGAACCAUCCUCAUCUGGUUUUCACAUGAAGUCUGUUGGAGACCUGAGUGCAAAACUGCUCGCGGCAACCUCAGCCCCAAAGCCAUUACAGUACAGCUCCCCAAGCCAUCUCCACGGCCCCCAAGUGGCUCCAUCCCCAGCAAUCCAAACAGAUCUUCAGGCCGUCCAUAUGGGGCCACCCCCAGCAGCACACUGCUGCCAUCUGCUGGUGAAGAGGGUGUAUGUUAGCUGGUAUAAUGGUGGUUCAGGACUACUUUAUCAGUGUAGUCAUGUGGCUCUGAUGGCGGAUGGAUACCAUAAAACUCUCAGAAUGAAACCUAAAGUUACCGAAACUACUUACAGCAUUGCACCAGUGUUGGAAAGUUACAGAUUAAAGUCCAUAAGAAGAGAUUUGAUCCUCUUUGUGCCACCAAAACAGCUCUGAGCCGUCGAGGCCUGGACUCCACAAGACCUCUGAAGGUGUGUGUGGUUUCUGGCACCAAGACAUUAGCAGAAUCCUUUAAGUCCUGUAAGUUGUGAGGUGGAGCCUCCAUGGAUCAGGCUUGUUUGUCCAACACGUCCCACAGCUGCUCGAUCAGACUGAGAUCGGGGGAAUUUGGAGGCCAAGUCAACACCAUGAACUCUUUGUCAUGUUCCUCAAACCGUUCCUGAACAUUUUUUUCCGUCUCGGUGCAAGCUCGGUUGCAGAGGAUAGUGAGACAGCUGAGAAGAGCAUCCACAUGAUGUAAAAGAAAAUGUGAUUCAUCAGACCAGCCCACCUUCUUCCAUUGCUCCAUGGUCCAGUUCUGAUGCUCACCUGUCCAUUGUAGGAGCUUUCGGUGGUGGACAGGAGUCAACAUGGGCACACUGUGAUGCACUGUGUGUUCUGACACCUUUCUAUCAGAGCCAGCUUUAACUUUUCAGCAGUUUGUGCUAUAGUAGCUCUUCUGUGGGAUCAGACCAGAUGGACUAGCCUUCACUCCCCACGCUCAUCAGUGAGCCUUGGGCGUCCAUGACCCUGUCGCUGGUUCACCGGUGGUCCUUCCUUGGACCACUUUUG